CACGUGUCCGCCGAUUCCGCGGAAGAUGGAGUGAAGUUUUCUCGCGAUUCCCAUCAGCUAUCUCUUCUUCGUCUUUUUCUUUUCUCUCGGCAGCCAAACAGAGAGAUUACUGAUUAGUCAACGGCCGAGAAAGACAAAGCAGUUCCUUUCUUCCUUCAUUCGAUUCAUCUUCAAUGGAAGUCAACACCCUCUUCUUCUACAUCCUCAUUUCCCUUCCGCUCUUCCCCGCCUUCCCAUCUUCCGCCGCCGUUGUGAAAUCCGGCUACUGGUUUUCCGGCGGCGAUUUCCCAGUCGCCGACAUCGAUUCCGCCCUCUUCACCCACCUCUUCUGCGCAUCCGCAGAUCUCGAUCCCCAAACCAGCCGCGUAUCAAUCCCCACCUCAAAUGCUCAAGCAUUCUCCACCUUCUCGACCGUCGUCCGUCGUAGAAACCCCGCCGUCAAGACGAUUCUCUCAAUCGCCAGCGAGAGCAACGAUUUCACAGCAAUGGCGGCUCGACCAAGUUCCCGAAAGAAAUUCGUCGAUUCAUCAAUCAGAUUAGCAACUUCUCUCGGAUUCGACGGCCUCGACCUCUCCUGGAUCCACCCUUCAAGCCCUUCUCAGAUGGCCGAUUUCGCCCAAUUGGUGACAGAGUGGCGGCGAGCUAUCACCUCAUCGGAAAAUGGAAAGCCCUUGAUUCUAACCGCCAGAGUGUUCCGCUCACCGGAACACGAUUCGGGUCGGUACCCGGUUCGGGAUAUGGCGGAAACCCUUGAUUGGAUCAAUGUAAUAGCGUACGACUUCUACUCCCCUGUUUCUUCUUCUCAAAUAACAGGGCCUCCGGCCGCAUUGUACAACCCUGGAAAUGAAAUCAGCGCCGACUCCGGAAUCAGCUCCUGGAUCGAAUUCGGUUUCCCGGCGGGGAAAAUAGUCAUGGGAAUCCCUCUCUACGGCUACGCCUGGAAGCUUUCCGACCCGAAAAGAAGAGACGGGUUUUUCUCCCCUGCUGCUGGUACAAUACCCGAAAUCUCUGAUUCCAGCGAUGGGUCGAUUGCAUUUCGGGAAAUCAGGAAGUUCAUAGUGCGGAAUCGAGCUGCGAGCUCGUUCAACUCCACGAUUGGAGCGGAUUGUUCUUUCUCAGACGACGGGAUCUGGAUCGGGUAUGAUAACUAUCUGACGAUCGUGAAGAAGGUUGUUUAUGGUCAGGAGAAAGGAUUGCUUGGCUACUCUCUGUGGCAUUUGGGGAUGGAUGAGAACUGGGGACUUUCCAGGACAGCCAUGGAAGCGUGGGGAGGGGAUUGGGAAGAUGAUGAUAUGAAGUCGAUGAAAGCUUCUGUUAAGUUCGCGUUGUCGGUUUCUUGGCGGGCGGGAAGCCUUAUUUUCCCUGAGAACCAUAUGAACAGUGAUGGUCAGGAAAAUGGCAAAGAGUUGUAGCUAAUGAGGUAGGUAACAUCUAUUUUCCUCAUUUUUUGAGGAUUUUUAUGGUGGUUUUGUUAUGGACGAUUUGCAUAUAUUCGAGUUUGGUCAAAUGAUCAUUCAAAACGAUCAAAUGAAUCUAUAUUUUUUAUAAAGAUAAUGUUACCAU